AUGGACAUUCAAGCAAGAAACGACGCGCUGCAGGUGGAAGAACAGCGCCGUCGCCUAGAUGCGGAAUUGCAGCGGCAGCGUGCCAUCUUGGCGCAGAACCAGGCGACCAUGACAUCGCCCUUGUUGGAUGAGCAAGGCUUCCCCCGAGCUGAUUUGGACUUGCCAGCUAUCCGAGCAGCCCGCCAAGCCAUUCAUAGGCUGACCAACGACCGCCAUGCGCUGGACGAGAAGCUCAGAACGCUGCUAGCCCACGCCUGGCCGAGCACGCCAGCUGCAUCAACACCACCCAGCGCCACCGCCCAUGCCAUCAAGACGGCCAAGCACGAUGGCAUCAUGGCGCGGCCUAUCGCUGUACGCAGCGUAGCGGCAAACAGCCCAGCAGCACAGUGUGGUCUGCAAGCAGGCGAUGAACUUGUGCGAUGGGGCUCUAUAUACCCAGUGAGCUCGGAGCAUUUCCACGAAAUCUCAGCGCUCGUGAAAGAAGGAGAAUCGAUCGCAAUCGAAUCACGAUGGGACAACUGGGGCUUGAAGCUCGCCAACAUUCUUAGCUACUUCCUCUUUGCCUCUUCCAAUGUCUACUCAGGCCUCUCUGGCCACCACAUCGGUGGUCCUGUCACGACGUAUCUUACUCCCGCACCUUGGCUGUUUGGCGUUUGGUCGGUGAUCAAUACCCUCUUUCUGGGUCUUUUGGUAUACCAAUUCUGGCCCUCUGGUCAUAAGACAGUGGUCGAGUCGCUUCAAUGGCGAUUCCCUGCGCUGUUCGUGCUUAAUUCCCUGUGCAGCAUGUUCUACUCAGUCCAUGGCUCUCGCGUCGCCAACCUGGUGGCGUUCGGUAUCCUGUGCUUGGUGGCAGGCACUGUGAGCCAUCUGUACGGUAAACUCCGCAUGGGCCCUGAGCCACGCAACUGGUGCGACUUGCUGUUUAUUCACCUCCCUAUUUCGCUGUACCAUGGCUUUAUUGUCAUCAUGUUCUUUGUGGCCGCCUUUGCUGUGGCCGGCGUCGACACACACACUCACAAGGCAGGUACGGUGACCAAGAUUCUUGUAUUCCUCACCCUGUUCUUCUUGGAAAGCACGGCAGCUGGCUACGUAUUCUAUGGCAAUGGCGAUAUCGCUGGAGCCGUCGUCAUUUCCCUUGGGCUGCUGGCCAUCGCCCAGGAACAACAGAGUUCGCGCUUUAUCCACUGGUCUGCGCUCAUUUUCUUUGGUAUCUCGUUCAUUGCCGUUCUUCGUGCCUUGGCCACCGCCAUCCAAGAUCAGCGUUCUGCCCUACACGAGAAUGCCGGGACGGAUGAAGAGCAGGCACCGCUAGUUCAGUAA